UUCAAAACAAUGAAAAGGGUACUUGAGUGUCAUGUGAGAGAGAGUUAACAUAUGCUAUACUCUCUCUGAUCAAAAUUAAUUUCACACUCUCCAUUUAUUUCACUGCCCAUCUCGUCUCUCCUUCUUCAUCAUCUACAUACAUACAUAUCCUCUUUCUCUCUCCCUUCAUCUCUUUCUCAUAACUUCUCCAUUUUGGUGUUGCAAUACAUAUAUAUUUAUAUAUAUAUAUAUAUUAUAUAAAGAGCAACGUUAAGUAGAUUAUAUAUCUAGGUGGUGUGUGGUGUAAGUGAUUGUAGUAGCAGAUGGGUCGAUCCCCGUGCUGUGACAAAGUGGGUUUGAAGAAAGGGCCAUGGACACCUGAAGAAGAUCAGAAGCUGUUAGCUUACAUCGAAGAACAUGGCCACGGAAGCUGGCGAGCCUUGCCUGCCAAAGCUGGUCUUCAAAGAUGUGGAAAAAGUUGCAGGCUUAGAUGGACUAAUUACCUAAGACCUGAUAUUAAAAGGGGAAAAUUCAGUUUGCAGGAAGAACAGACUAUAAUUCAACUUCAUGCCCUCUUGGGUAACAGGUGGUCGGCUAUUGCGACUCACUUGCCAAAAAGAACAGAUAAUGAGAUCAAGAAUUACUGGAAUACGCAUCUCAAGAAAAGGUUAGCCAAAAUGGGAAUAGAUCCGGUCACCCACAAGCCCAAAAACGAAGCCUUACUCUCAAGUGAUGGUCAGUCCAAGAAUGCAGCCAAUCUUAGCCACAUGGCUCAAUGGGAAAGCGCCCGGCUCGAAGCCGAGGCCAGACUGGUUCGAGAAUCAAAGCUUCGCUCGCAGUCCUCGUUUCACCAGCACCACCACCAUAGCAACUACAAUCAUCAUCUUGUUCAGCUCAACAACAAUAAUCCUACUCCUGGUAAUACUACUACUUACUCUUCUUCCUCGUCUUCUCAUCAGCUCGUGAACAAGACAGCCUGGAAUGGAAGCAACAAUAUUGAUCUUGAGUCUCCAACGUCGACACUUACCUUUUCCGAGAACAAUGCACCGGGGGCUUUGACCGCUGGGAUAGGUCUCAGUUCAUCUCCAAUUCCCAUGAUUGAGUUUGUCGGCACAUCGUCCGGGUCGUCUGAAGCUGGCAUUGUCAAGGAAGAAGGGGAACAAGUACAUGACUGGAAAGGACUUACAAACUCCACUCACUUGUCUGAAUACAAAGAGAGUAUUGAUCAUAAUUCUCUGUCUUUCACAUCAACUACUCUUCAUGAUCUAACAAUGUCCAUGGACGGUCCAUGGACCGCCGCUACCCCAGAUCAUCACCAUCACCAUCAGAGCCUAAGAACAAGCAGUACUAACAACUCGCCAAUGGAGGAAGGAUUCACCAAUCUCUUGCUUAAUGACUCCAUUGAUAAGAGCUUGUCAGCAGAUGAUAGCGGCAAAGACUCAGAUCAGAACAGCCAUGGAAGUGGAGGUGGUGGGAGUGAUUACUAUGAAGAUAACAAGAAUUACUGGAACAGCAUUCUUAACUUGGUGAAUUCGUCACCAUCUGAUUCACCCACCAUGUUCUAAUGAAUCACUUAAUGUUCAACAUCAAUUAAUUCUUUUGCCUUUUGUUAUUA